CAUCCAUGGCCUUCUUUGUACGAUACUUUUCAUGACUGUCUUUAUUAUUGUGGUACUAUUUUUCUGUUAUAAAACUUACAAUCCCUUCUAAUUUCUGCCAAUUUUCUUCCUGCAGGCACCAAAAGAGGAUUCCUUAUCUAAUAAAAUUAUAGCACAAACAAUUGUUUUACAAUGGAGAAGCUUUUGAACAAUUACGACAAAGAGUACUUGAAAAUGGCUAUGUUAAAGCACGAGGAAACAUUUCGAGACCAGGUGUAUGAGCUUCAUCGACUCUACCGAAUCCAAAAGGUGCUAAUGAAUGACAUAGCGAAAAAUAAUCGGUACACGACGACUUGCAGACGGCCCGAGGCCCGUUUGUGUCUCGACCUGGAAAGGCCCGCGGGCUCGGGUGAUAUGCUCAGAGUUUCUGAAGGUGAAGAUGACCAAAAUGACCUUGAGUUGACUUUAGGCCCAAAAAGCUAUUAUACCAAGAAAAUCAAAGCAGCUGGGCCGGGCCUUGGGUCGGACUCCGGGCCGAGUUUCUCGUCUUCAUCCUCCGGAUCGGGCCACAUGAAGGGCCCGGAAAUGCCGGUAUUGGCUAAUAAAGAUAGGUUAAACAGUUCUCCUUGGCUUUUUCAAGCCCUGAGCCUGAAUAUAACUUGAAAAAUUCUUAUUGAAAGUUUGUGGACUGCUUGUUAUCAACUGAUUCUGAGGAUGCUGAAUGUAUGAGAUCUUUAUUUUAGUUUUUGUUAUAUGUUUUUUUACUAUGAUAUGUA